AGCCAGACCAGCAAAAAAGGAAAAGGGUGGCUUUCAUCUUUCAACUCCAUCGGUCGUACGGAACAUCGCAACAUAGGGCGAAAAGUUAAUCGAAUUUAUUGUCCUCCCGGUCGCACGAAACGGUUCUUAAAAGUGUUAUUUCGGAUCACGAGUAUACGGGCGUGAAGAUUUGCAUGCGGUGCCCCAGCGGAUGGUGGCCAGAGCGCAACCAGCAGCACCGGUAGUUGUUCCUGUUUUUCUUUCGUUUCGCUUCUUUGAGAAACUUCCGAUGGCGUAACAAAAAUAUACCACUUUUAUCAGCUAGUCAGGAAAGCAGAUAGAAAAAAAAUAGCGUCAAGGAAGAUUCCAAUCACACUUGCUUGCUUGCUUGAUUGUCGUCAUCAAUUUUCCUUCUCGUUUCGGAAGGAUUCUCGAGCUUCGGACUGGGCUGGAAGUCUUGAAAAUAUUUGGCAAUUGAUUGGAAAACUACAAAAGUGAUUAAUCGAAGAUUGUCGAACCACAGGUGUACCCUUUCAAUUCAGGAUGGCAUCGUUUGACGUGUACGAUCGUUCUGCGUGGUAUUUUGGUCCAAUGUCCCGCCAAGAUGCCACCGAUCUGCUGAUGAGCGAACGCGAGAGCGGGGUGUUCCUGGUGCGUGACAGUACAACCAUCGUUGGCGACUACGUGCUGUGUGUGCGAGAAGAUUCAAAGGUUAGUCACUAUAUUAUCAACAAAAUUCCUUCCGACGACGGAUUCGUGUACAGAAUCGGUGAUCAGACUUUUGCCGAUCUACCGGACCUACUGACGUUCUAUAAGCUCCACUAUUUGGACACUACUCCACUAAGACGGCCAGCAAUCAAGCGGUUUGAAAAAGUGAUAGGAAAGUUUGAUUUCGAUGGCAGUGAUCCGGAUGAUCUGCCUUUUAAGAAGGGAGAAAUAUUGGAGAUCGUCAACAAAGACGAAGAGCAGUGGUGGACUGCUAGGAAUGGUCGGGGGCAAACCGGUCAAAUUCCGGUUCCUUACGUUACACGAUACGAGGAAAACAUUAUCGAAAGGCCACCGCACGCGGCCUCCGGUCCAGGGCCAAAUGUUCACCAUCAUCCGGGAAUGCCCGUAGUGGGUGGAUUACAUCAUUCAGAAAAUUCAAACAUAUUCAAAUCGAACCUCAACCGGCCGCUCCCAGCACUAGCUCGAGUUAAGCAGGAACGCGUUCCGAAUGCUUACGACGAAACGGCCUUGAAGUUGAACGUAGGUGAUGUUAUUAAGGUCAUGAAGACCAACAUCAACGGUCAGUGGGAGGGAGAACUGCGCGGUAAGAUUGGUCACUUUCCGUUCACUCAUGUAGAGUUCAUUGACGACGAUGUCCAGCAUUGGAGUGGGCAGUGAGUGGCGACCCUGGUUUUCUAACCGUUAGGAUCGACAUUCGCAUAAUUCGUUCGUUUAGUUCACACUUCUUCCGUAAAGAAUUUAUUUAAUUGUACAGAAUAUAUUUUAUGUUUAGGAUGUACGUAUUCCGAGUCAUUUAUAUUUAAUGUUUAUUUUAUGUUUAGUUUAUUCAGACGAACGCAGCAUUUAAGCUGCUGUGACGGAUAGUUGUGUAUAGGACGUAGGGCACUCGACAUUGGUGACAAAAAAAUCAUUCGAAAGUGUAAUGAUUGAGGAUAGACCAACAACAACUAGCGCAUGUGCAUUUAGCAAUUGAAGUCAGAAAGAUCAAAACCUUCACACUAGAAUAGAUCAAAUGGACGGGAAGAGCUCGGUGAUUGUAUGAGGGAAAAUCAUUUCAAAGUGCGUGAAACUAAGUACCUAUUGAUUUUUUUCUCUUUUUGUAAGGAAACAUUGAACCUUAUUUAUAAGAAUAUAUUCUUUCAUUUUGAGCAUCGCAAAACUUUGUUUAUGUUUUCCUGGUUUCUGCUUUGACUUCUCAGAACUGUACAGAAUUCCAUAAGUCAAACUGAUUUCUUGUCUUAAUAAUUUUCGAAGUGAUUUUAAUUCAGCAUCCUUUUUCUGAUAGAGUCUUUGCUUUCGAUGAAAAUCAAAUGAUGUGUUGUUUAAACUAUGCUUAGAAUUUUUUUCUGCUCGAUUUGCAAUUCUGUCUCGAAAAAAAAAAAAAUGUUGCUACAAUGAUUGCAAAUCAAGGUUUCGUUGAAUCGAACUGUGGUGGUCCAAAUUUCCUUCCUCAAGAGUUUUUGUUCUACUUUGCAUAGUAGUGUCAUUCGUAUCUCACUUUCUUUAUCUUUGGGGUGCAUGGAUUUGUAACAAGUUUUUAGAUGAAGUUUUGUUGUAAAGUUUUGCUAAUUAUGGUUUAAAACGACAAAACAGCAUUUUUUAUGUAUUGGGCGGUUGCUCGUACAAAAAUUAUUUACAUUGACACUAGAAAGCUCCUAAUGUAUAUGCAAAGUAAUGAAAUUGUUUUUUUUUUAAUUAAAAAGACUUUCUCAGUUCAGUUAAUACUCUUUUUUGACAAAAAAAAAAAAAUUGUUCUGAGGCUCAGUUUUUAGUUAUUGCGUUAGUUUUUUCGCGUCUAAAAAUGUAUGUAUGUAUGUAUUCAGAUAGAAAUUUGUAAUUGAAUCUACACGCCUCAAAAGUCCACGGCAUUGCUACAGGACAGACCAAGAUCCCGAGAAAACGUUCAAAAAGUAACUACAGACUGGAACCCAGCUAAGCUGGAAAUAUAAAAGUUCAAUGAAAGCCCACCAUGGUAGCCCCAAUGUUGAAUAGUUGAAUCCGAAAAUUACAAUACAUACUUUCUCUAUCUGCCAAGGUGCAUGUAAACAGUUGAAUUGUGUAUCUCUCGUAAUAUACUUUUCCGUAGUUGUAUUCGUAAAUUUAAUAUGAUUUACUUCAUUUGCUCCGUACAAUUUGGACAAAAAGCUGUUACUCUAAAACAAUGAAUAAACCAACAUAUAUUCUAAAACUGAAUGGUAUAUUUUUUAAAAAUAAUUUACUUGUAACGAAACUGAUGAAUAGGUAAGAUAGAAAGCAGGACAAACGGAAUGAUAUCUUAUGGCAAAUGGGUUAGUUGGGUUGAGACUACUCUGAAAAAUAUUACACCGUUUUCGAAAUCUCAGAUCAACGCCAGGGCUGGUUACUGUUGGGAGCCAAAACAGGUAGCUUACAGAUGUUAAAGGUUCUCAAUGUUGGCAACAAUCGUCACACAUACAUAGAAAGCUUAAUGUGCAAUAAUAUAAAAAAAAAUCACGCAUUCACCGAAAAGUCAACACAAGAAAAACAAUGUACGCAGCUUAAGUCAAACAUAAAAAUCACAAAACGAAACACUAGCGCGUAAGUGUGUUCCAAGGCUGAAUGAUCUUCAGAAGAAAAAAAGUAAAAGAAAAAUAAAACAAAACAAAUUAAAAGAACCAGUAAUGGCUGCAGGAAUGAAAAUUAAUUAAGUCUAUACAUUUAACGCUUCCUUCCCUCAGAUUCUUCAAAGUUGAAACAGGUUACAAAUAAAAUAAAACAUGCAAGUCACAAAUCAAUCUUUUUCCGUAAUCUUUAUAAACUAACGGAAAAGGAAAAUGCCAAUUUGAGAAAUCUGAUCAAAAGCGUAUGUGUAUGAUUAUUAUCCAUAAUGGGGGAAGGUGUAGAAUAGUGUUCUAUGGAAAACAAACUGUAUUCAGGUCUAGAAACGCGUCAUUCAUUCCCCAAAUACAUGCACACAGACACGUACGUAAGCCCAAAAUAUAAAAAUGGUUAAGCUUAUGUAUAAAUUCAUAAUACUAUUAUGCUGUAGCUCGUGUAGGGUUUUUAAGUUCUGGCAGGAAAAAUGUAUGCGCAAUUAUUGUUCUAUUUAUACAACACAAACACAUAAAACUUCAAACAAGUAAGCGAAACACAUCCAUAAAUGACAAAAAUAAAGUUUAUUUAAGUAAAAGAAAACAUAUAUUCGAUUUGAACGGAACGAGACGAAAAAAAACAAUGAAGUAGAAGUGAGAUUAAGCAGUUAAGAAGUAAAUAUGGUAGGAAUGAAGAAGAUUAAAGUAGAUGGAUGUAAUGUAAAAAUGUGUGGAACGAAGCUCUAUUUAAAUAAUUGAAAAAUCUUUGUAAAUUAUUUCCGGAAUAGGGUAGAAUAGUAAAGAAUGAAUACGAGUUAAAAAGGAAAAUCUUAACAAUCUUCUGGUCUAAAACGAAUACAAUAAAGCGUUGUGUUAAACGAUUCAAUAAAGAAAAAAAAAGACUAGAGGCAUCCUUUUUGUUCCACAGAGUCAGGUUAACACAGUUAAUUUUAUAAAUUCCUAGCAUUAAAGGAUUGCGCGGUAUCAGAGAACCCCCAUUAUAGUAACAACAACUGAAAGAAGAAAAGUUGCGUUUCAACCACGCCGUCGUAAGUCACAUUUGAAUCAGGGCUGAGCAAAAAACAAUCUUAUACUACGGGCUGCCAAAAAUCUGGUCAAAAAGAAAAAAAGGUACGCUGAAGUUCAAUAUAGAGAGAAUUAAAGAAAAAAUUGAACCUUGUGUUAGUGCAAGGGUGAAAUAAAUUCUUCGAUUUGCUUGAAAAUAA